UUUGUGCCACACUACCGCAGGAAGAAGAAGUGCAGGAAGAAGUAGAAGAAUCGAACCCUCGGUUUUCUGGCUCGAAGCUUUAUCGGAGCUUUAUCGAAGCGUUUGUCCCCGGAUAGAUUUGACUGGCGUCAUGAAUAUUGAAGACAGCGCACCCAUCUAUGAAAGCGCUCAAGACAACAAUCUUCGUCAGAGGCUGGUGGCUUCCAACGAUCAGCUCGAAGGCGAUGGAAGGAGACCGCGUCAUCAUAAACAUUUUCUGAAGCGAUUUCGACGAUCCAAGCUGCAAUUAGUUUGCGCCACGACUUCCGUCUUCCUGGUGGUGAGUGCGGCAGCAGUCUUGGCCGUCAUUAUAGUACGACACAACGGACUCGGAAGAAAUUCUUCAAGAGACACUCGAUCUCGUGGUCGAAGAGCCCUCGAUGAGAAUGACACGUGCCCUGAAGACGUUUUUGCCCCUGCUGUCGGCCCCUUCGAGGUGCGUACGAACUCUAUAGUGAAGAUGGUACUUCAAGGAAUCAACACCAGACGCUUACAGAAACAUUUAAGGUUUCUAACAGCUAGACCUCACCUGUCCGGGACUAAGGACAGCGAGGACACUGUUGCCAAUUACAUAUACGAAAAACUCAAGGAAAAUGGUCUCGAUGCCUACGAAAAGAUUCCGUAUAAAAUUCUGCACCAGUAUCCAGUUCCGGAGGAGCCCAACAGGGUUCUCCUGGUAGACGCGAGCGGAGCUGUGCUGCUAGAGGCCAAGCUGAAAGAAGGCGAAAUUCCUGGUGUGCGAACUUCUUCCGUACCAGGGUACAUCGCCUUUUCCGCGAAAGGAACAGCAGAGGGGGAACUUAUAUACGUGAACCACGGUACCCAGAAGGACUUCGAUAAACUGAAGGCGAACGAUGUCGACACUUUCAACCGCAUAUGUAUCUGUCGAUUAGGAGGGGACCAUUUGCGAACUGCAGUCCGUAACUGCCAGGAGAACGGCGGCGUCGGUGUCCUCUUCUUUCCCGACCCUGCAGACGUCUCACCUCUUGGCCCAGAGGAGGUGUACCCAAGAUCGGCGUUCGUUGGAGGUACUGCGCUACAAAGGGGAAGUUUAUUUACGUACGGCGAUCCAGAGACACCAGGGUACCCGUCAGUUGACGAGGCACUAAGGGUCGAAAGGCUUCCAGGGUUGCCAAAGAUUCCCGCCCAGGUAAUCGGAUACGACGAUGCUGAAAAACUCCUGCGCCUUCUGGAUGGCAAAGAAAUUUUUCCUCACGGAGGAUUCCAGUUUCCCUACAGGACGGGACCUUUCAGCAAACAAAAUAAGGAAAAACUCGUACGUGUCAUUGUGAACAGCGAAAUGAAGCGGAAGACCUGCUACAAUAUCAUCGGGGCCAUCAAAGGACGCGAGCAACCAGAUCGUUAUGCCUUGACGGGAAACCACCACGAUGCUUGGGCGUACGGCGCCGCGGAGCCGUCUUCAGGAACCGCGGCUUUGCUGGAAGUCUCUCGGAUCCUGGGUGGGUUGAGGCGUAACGGAUGGCGACCGCGACGGACUAUAGUGUUCGCCUUCUGGGCUGCUCACGAGGUGGCUCUAGCUGGCUCCCAAGAAUGGUUGGAGGAUAAAUUCCUGUUAUUGAAUAAGGGUGCCGUCGGAUACGCGAAUGUUGGGAGCUGCGUGUCAGGACCUACGUUUGCUGCUAGCGCGUCGCCUACUUUACGAAAUAUCCUCUACAGCGCCACCAAAGUGGUCCCAUACGGCAAAAAAUCGCUGUACGAAGCUUGGUUCGAAUACAUGUUCAAUAGGACAGCCAAAAAAGAACCUCCCGUCAAGUUACCUCGUGGCAUCGCAGACACGUCACCCUUCAACUUCUACGCUGGAAUUCCAGCUGUGGAUAUCACAUUCCGACCAGAUAAGAAGGGCGUAGGCAGUAUCCCCUACCCAGCCUUCCACACGGCUUAUGACAACAUACACUUGCUGGAGACGUACUUGGACCCCAACCUAACGAUCACGAAGCAUUGCGCUCAGCUGGACGGAGUCUUGACGCUCAUUCUAGCAGAGUCGGAUAUCUUGCCCUACGAUUUCAUAGCAUUGGGUCGGGAACUUCAGAAGGCAGUGGACAGGCUAAAAGAGCACCAACGGGACAUCGUCGACAGCAAGGCUAAUAUCAAGUGGCUGAGAAAAGAGAUCGCACAAUUCAAUUUGGAGGCUAAGAAGUGGCAUCAGUGGCUGAAAAAGGCAAAAGACGGGAUGGAGUUAACAACUCGACGAGCCAUCAACGAUCGGAUGCUUUUAAUAGAACGGGCAUUCAUCAAACUUCCUGGCUUUCCCGACAGACCCACUGUCAGGAACCUGGUGUUCUCACCACGGCGUAGAGAUCCCUUAAACGUGGUGCCGUUCCCCACUGUCGAGGAUGCAGUGCAUUCUACGUACCUGACACAGGAAGGUUCAACCGGUCGACAUGAGGCACACGAAGCCAUCAGACGUGCUGUCAACGAUGUAGCACUGGCAACACGUUCGGCGAGACUUCUGCUCAACCCAGACUUUGUUAUAUAAUCGAUGUUCCUCGAUACAGUACGACUCAUAAAAAGUCCCUUCGUUGUAACGUA